AUGGACACGGGUGAGCAGCCUGAGGAAGAAUGGGAUGACGAUGAGGACUAUGACGAUGACGAUGAUGCCGACAUCGAUGCUGAAGCUCAAGAGAUAGCCAGAAGACUAGGAGAGCAACUUUGGGCAGAUAUUACCAAGGUCACCGCAGAGAAUGCUGCUUCGGCUGAAACUGUGCCCAUCCCUAUUGAAGGGCGAAAUAUUCCUACAGCCAGUGGGGGUUCGCAUGCGGCUGCUGCACAGGUUAUUUCUCAUCUACCGCGUAAAGAGGAGGCUAUCGUCGCCACUAUGAAAGCUAUUCUCACUCUUGUAGAGAAUGACCCACUUGCCAAAAGCACCCUUGUAUCCACCACCAUACCUAAUGGGCCAAAUGUUCAUGAUAUCCUGUUGCAAUGUAGUACCCUUGGGACCAUCUCUAGCGGCAUUGCAGGACCGUUGAGUCAAGUUAUUGUCACUUUGGCACGGUCCACAAGCCUAUUCGGGAAUUUGAAGCAAUCUAAUGCGUCUGCCAUCCAACUAGACAAAGGAAAACGUAAACGGGAGUUCGAUGACGGAAAUUAUCAACCUACCUACGCCUUCAAACGUCCGUACAUGCCAGAUUUUGACCUUCAGAAUCAGGUUGUGGAAGCCGUGCGUAUCAUCUCACAAGCGCUCGGGACUUCACCUUCACAGGCCCUCGACCCUGCUUUAGUGUCUUCUAUUCGCCUUCAAUUGCACCAGGUCUUCCUGUUUGCUGUGACGUCUGCAGCUGUUGCUGGCCCUACUAUGCAUGCACUACAAGAAAUUGGCGGGUUAAUUCAGGUCAUUGGUGUGCUCAGUGGAAUCCAAAUUGGGCACUCACCGGACAAUAUCCCUCACCCACAUGGGCAAUCGUUUGGCGCAAAUGCUUCUUAUCCAUGGAGUCAAAAUCAGCACUCCGCGACUACAGACAUUGGUACAGCUGUUUACCCGUGCCUCGUUGUUGGUUGCCACAAAGUCUUUUCCCGAUUAUACACUCUACGUGCACAUCAACGAAGCCAUGCUUCACAUCGACCAUACCGUUGCAGUGUCUGUCCCGCCUCUUUUGCUCGAAACCAUGACCUGAAACGGCAUCUGAAACUUCACGACAAAAAGGCAUGGAAGUGCGAGGGCUGCCAUAAAAUUUUUUCUAGAAGAGAUGCUAUCAAACGCCAUAAAACAGGGACAAAAAAUCGGGGGCCCAAGAGCGAAAUCUGCUUAAUGGCAGACAUUAUCGAGGUCCAGUUGGACGGCGAAGAGGGCGAGGACACUUUGAGGGAGGAAAGAAGGGCCAAAAUAUGGAAUGGGAUCGUUGUUAACGAGGCGUCGGGUGUGUCGACUUCCAAUAUUCAGAACCAUUUCCGAGAUAUCAAGACCAUCGACGAAGGGGAGAUUAACCCAGCCGUCAUAGCACAUAUCCAAAGCUCCGUGCUUGGUCUGCACGGUCUCCUCCAGGUUCUGGUCGGGAAUGCUCUGGGAAACCCUGUUGGGCAUCCGUCGACAGUACCCAUGGACCCAUCAGCAGGUCAAGCAACUUUGGCGAGUGUUAUCGCCCGUGCUCAAUCACAGAGUAUACCUGCCUCCACGUUUGUAACUUCUCCUCUUUCAGGAAAUGGCACUUUCGGAGAGGCGUCUGAUAAUUCUGUGGGAACCAAUGCGCCCACUUCAGAUGAAAACUUGGUCCUGCCUCAAACGGCGGGAGAGAAUCCGGAGAUCCCUCAACCACCACACACUUCCCUAUCUAUGUACGGUCUUUCUGACGAACAGGCCCAGCUUCUGGAAAUUGCGAUUGCCAGUGCUGCAUCUGCCGCGCAAGCCCAGGCUGAAGCUGAGGCAGCUCUCGAGGAAGAGGAAGAGGAUUACGAUCAGGAUGACAAUGACUACGAUGACAGCGAGAUGGAACAAGAUAAAGAACCCGUUCCGGAGUGA